AUGGAAUUAGAAUUAGAUGAAUUAUUAAAUCAAUGUAUACAUUGUUGUCCACAUUGUAAAAAUAAAAUAUCGAUUUCACAAUUAUCCGCAUGUAAUUUAAUAAAAAAUAGGUUUUACGAAUUAAAUAAUAAAUAUAAUAAUUUUAAAAAUAAUAAUAUUUAUGACAUCGAUUGUAAUAAUAAUAGUAAUUUAAAUAAUACCAACAAUAAUAACAACAACAACAAUAAUAAUGAUAAUAACAAUAGCAAUAAUAGUUUUAGAAAUAUUUUAAAUAAAGAUAAAGAUAUAACAAAUAAUAAUAGUCACUUUAAUAUUUCAGAUAGUUUUAUAAAUUUUAACAAUAAAAUUAAAAAUAAAUCAAAUAAAAUAAAGAAUGGUGGUAAUAAUAAUAAUAAUAAUAAUAAUAAUAAUAAUAAUAAUAAUAAUAAUAAUAAUAAUAAUAAUAAUAAUAAUAAUAAUAAUAAUAAUAAUAAUAAUAAUAAUAAUGGUGAAAGUUAUAAUUUAUUUUUAGAUAGUUUAUUAAAAUCAUUAGAAACAGUUAAAGGUGGAGAUUUUAAAUCAAGAGUUAAAUCAAAUGAACAAUUGUUCACAGAGAAAGAGAAUAAAAUCAUAUCAACUUAUAAUGAGAUACUGAAUUUCCAAGAUUCAACAGUUACAGAGUUUAAAAGGAUCGAAAAACAAGUUGGUAAAGAGGGUAAUGUUAUGUCAAGAGCUUUCUUACCAAAUGCAGUGGGUUCUUGGGAAUUUUGUAUAGAGUUUGUAAAUAAUUUAAUUGGUGAUAUGAUUCAACCCACUGAAGAGGUGAUUAAAGUUAUCACAAGUGUUGCAAGGGGUGAUUUAUCUCAAACUAUCAAUUUGGAAUUAGGACAAGGUAGAAAAUUGACUGGUGAAUUCUUAAGAAUAGCUAAAGUUGUAAAUACUAUGGUUUCACAGUUGAAUUCUUUCUCUUCUGAAGUGACUAGAGUCGCAAGAGAAGUAGGUACCGAUGGUAAGUUAGGUGGUCAAGCAGUUGUAACUGGUGUAGAUGGAAUUUGGAAAGAUUUAACCGAUAAUGUAAAUACUAUGGCCGCUAAUUUAACUGGUCAAGUUAGAGAGAUUGCAUUGGUGACAACUGCUGUAGCAACUGGUGAUUUGUCUAAAAAGAUCACUUUAGACGUUAAGGGUGAAAUUCAAGAAUUGAAAUUAACAAUUAAUACUAUGGUUGAUCAAUUAAAGAGUUUUUCAUCAGAAGUAACUAGAGUAUCAAGAGAAGUAGGUACUGAAGGUAUAUUAGGUGGUCAAGCACAAGUUAAAGGUGUGGAUGGUGUUUGGAAAGAUUUAACCGAUAAUGUAAAUACUAUGGCAGCAAAUUUAACCGGUCAAGUACGUUCUAUCGCUGAAGUUACAACAGCUGUUGCUGAAGGUGAUCUUUCAAAGAAUAUUACAAUCGAUGCACAAGGUGAAAUUUUACAAUUAAAAAAUACAAUUAAUACUAUGGUUCAACAAUUAAAAGGUUUUUCAUCAGAAGUAACUAGAGUUGCUAGAGAAGUAGGUACUAAAGGUAUAUUGGGAGGUCAAGCUGAAGUAACAGGUGUUGGUGGUGUUUGGAAAGGACUCACUGAUAAUGUAAAUACAAUGGCUGCAAAUUUAACUGGUCAAGUGCGUUCUAUCGCUGAAGUUACAACAGCUGUAGCUAAAGGUGAUCUUUCAAAGAAUAUUACAAUCGAUGCACAAGGUGAAAUUUUACAACUUAAAAAUACAAUUAAUACUAUGGUUGAUCAAUUAAAGAGUUUUUCAUCAGAAGUAACUAGAGUAUCGAGAGAAGUAGGUACUGAAGGUAUAUUAGGUGGCCAAGCUGAAGUAACAGGAGUUGAUGGUGUUUGGAAAGGGUUAACCGAUAAUGUAAAUACUAUGGCUGCAAAUUUAACUGGUCAAGUACGUUCCAUCGCUGAAGUUACUACAGCUGUUGCUAAAGGUGAUUUAUCUAAAAAUAUUACAAUCGAUGCACAAGGUGAAAUUUUACAAUUAAAGAAUACUAUCAAUACUAUGGUUCAACAAUUAAAGAGUUUCUCAUCAGAGGUAACUAGAGUAUCAAGAGAAGUAGGUACUGAAGGUAUUUUAGGUGGUCAAGCACAAGUUGAAGGUGUUGGUGGUGUUUGGAAAGAUUUAACUGAUAAUGUAAAUACUAUGGCAGCAAAUUUAACUGGCCAAGUGCGUUCUAUCGCUGAAGUUACAACAGCAGUAGCUUGUGGUGAUUUAUCAAAGAAUAUUACAAUCGAUGCUGAAGGUGAAAUUUUACAAUUAAAGAAUACUAUCAAUACUAUGGUUGAUCAAUUAAAGAGUUUCUCAUCAGAAGUAACUAGAGUUGCUAGAGAAGUAGGUACUGAAGGUAUAUUAGGUGGUCAAGCUCAAGUAGAGGGUUUGGGUGUUGGUGGUGUUUGGAAAGAUUUAACUGAUAAUGUAAAUACUAUGGCUGCAAAUUUAACUGGUCAAGUACGUUCAAUUGCUGAAGUUACAACAGCUGUAGCAGAAGGUGAUCUUUCAAAACAAGUUUCAAUCAAUGCACAAGGUGAAAUUUUACAACUUAAAAAUACUAUCAACACUAUGGUUGACCAAUUAAAGAGUUUCUCAUCAGAAGUAACUAGAGUAUCGAGAGAGGUAGGUACUGAAGGUAUUUUAGGUGGUCAAGCACAAGUUAAAGGUGUUGGUGGUGUUUGGAAAGAUUUAACUGAAAAUGUAAAUACUAUGGCUGCAAAUUUAACUGGUCAAGUGCGUUCUAUCGCUGAAGUUACAACAGCUGUAGCUUGUGGUGAUCUUUCAAAGAAUAUUACAAUCGAUGCAAAGGGUGAAAUUUUACAAUUAAAGAAUACUAUCAAUACUAUGGUUCAACAAUUAAAAGGUUUUUCAUCAGAAGUUACUAGAGUAUCGAGAGAAGUAGGUACUGAAGGUAUAUUAGGAGGUCAAGCACAAGUUGAAGGUGUUGGUGGUGUUUGGAAAGAUUUAACCGAUAAUGUAAAUACUAUGGCUGCAAAUUUAACUGGUCAAGUACGUUCAAUUGCUGAAGUUACAACGGCUGUAGCUUGUGGUGAUUUAUCUAAAAAGAUUUCAAUCGAUGCACAAGGUGAAAUUUGUGAACUUAAAAACACAAUAAAUACAAUGGUUGACCAAUUAAAGAGUUUCUCAUCAGAAGUAACUAGAGUUGCUAGAGAAGUAGGUACUGAAGGUAUAUUAGGUGGUCAAGCUGAAGUUAAAGAUGUUGGUGGUGUUUGGAAAGGACUAACCGAUAAUGUAAAUACUAUGGCUGCAAAUCUAACUGGUCAAGUACGUUCAAUUGCUGAAGUUACAACGGCUGUAGCUUGUGGUGAUUUAUCUAAAAAGAUUUCAAUAGAUGUUAGAGGUGAAUUUUUAGAACUUAAAAUAACUAUCAAUACUAUGGUUGAUUUAUUAAAUUCUUUCUCAUCAGAAGUAACUAGAGUUGCAUUGGAAGUAGGUACUGAAGGUAUAUUAGGUGGUCAAGCACAAGUUGAAGGUGUUGAUGGCGUUUGGAAAUAUCUUACACAAAAUGUAAAUACUAUGGCUGCAAAUUUAACAAGUCAAGUUAGAGAGAUUGCAAACGUUACAACUGCCGUGGCCAAUGGUGAUUUAUCUAAAAAGGUUAAUUUAGAUGUUAGAGGUGAAAUCUUACAAUUAAAGAUUACAAUCAAUACUAUGGUUGAUCAAUUAAAUUCUUUCUCAUCCGAGGUGACAAGAGUAGCAAGAGAAGUAGGUACUGAAGGUAUGUUAGGUGGUCAAGCACAAGUAGAGGGUGUUGGAGGUGUUUGGAAAGAUUUAACCGAUAAUGUGAAUACUAUGGCUGCAAAUUUAACAACACAAGUACGUUCCAUUGCAGAAAUUGCCAAAGCGGUUACUAAAGGUGAUUUCACUAGAGUUAUUUCAGUUGAUGCAAAAGGUGAAGUUAAUUUAUUGAAAUUGAUCAUCAAUGAAAUGAUUCAUAACCUUAAAGAAACCACAUUAAAGAAUACGCUUGCUAAAGAAACUGCCGAAGCAGCCUCAAGAGCCAAAUCAGAUUUUAUGGCAAAUAUGUCACACGAAAUUAGAACUCCAAUGAAUGGUAUCAUUGGUAUGACCGAUUUAACAUUGGAUACAGAAUUGACCGCUGAACAAAGAGAAUAUCUAUCAAUGGUUCAAUCAUCAGCAGGAUCAUUGUUAACGAUUAUCAAUGAUAUUUUAGAUUUUUCAAAGAUUGAAGCAGGUCGUUUAGAAUUGGAUCAAGCAGAAUUCUCAUUACGUGCACAUCUUUAUGAUGCCUUGAAAACAUUAUCAUGGAGAGCUCAUCAAAAAUGUAUAGAGUUGGUUUGUGAUAUUGCAUCCGAUGUACCAGAUAGUUUAAUUGGUGAUCCUGGUCGUUUACGUCAAAUUGUAAAUAAUUUAGUUGGUAAUGCAAUUAAAUUCACCUCACAAGGUGAAGUUGAUCUUGUGGUUAAAGUGGAGAAAUCCCUAUCAUGUGGUGAAGUUGUAUUGAAAUUCUCUGUUAUCGACACUGGUAUUGGUAUACCAAAGGAUAAACUUCAUUUAAUCUUUGAAGCAUUUUCUCAAGCCGAUGGAUCAAUCACAAGAAGAUAUGGUGGUACAGGUUUAGGUUUAACAAUUUCAACUCGUCUCGUUGAAUUAAUGAAAGGUAAACUUAGUGUCGUUAGCAAAUCUGGUAAGGGAAGUACAUUUGAAUUCACAGCACAAUUUCCAACCUCACCAAAUCAAUUGCCAUUAACAGAGAAAUUAAAUGAUGUUCAUACGUUAAUUGUCGAUGAUAAUAAGAGUACCCUUAAAGUACUCAAACAAAUUCUAUCUGAGUUUGGUAUCACUUCAGAGGUUUCAAAUAAUACUCAAGAUGCAUUCAAUAUGAUUGUAAAAGCAACCAAAACCACUAAACCAUUCGAAUUCAUAUUUGUCGAUGCUCAAUUGGGGACAUCACUCAUUGAUAUGAUGGUAGAGAAAAAUAUGAAUCAUUGCAAAACCAAAAUAAUCAUGCUUAUUAGUGGUGGUGGUCAAAGAGGUUAUCCUGAUAGUUCCUCGAAUUUCAUCACUGGCUACCUUUCAAAACCGGUUAGUCCAUCGGAAAUUUUCGACAUUUUAACCAGACAAGGAAUAACUCGCCAAAUUCCAAAACAACUCUGUAAAAAGAUUCAACUCACCUCUGAAAUAUUUGGUGAUAUUCUAUUGGCCGAGGAUAAUGCUGUCAAUCAACGUUUGGCCAUUCGUUUAUUGGAAAAGUUUGGUCAUAGAGUUCAAUUGGCAGAAAAUGGUUUACAAGCAGUUGCAAGCUCUCAACUUAGAAAAUUUGAUUUAAUUCUAAUGGAUGUUCAAAUGCCACAUUGUGGUGGAUUCGAAGCUACCGCUCAAAUUAGAAAACGUGAACAUGAACAAGGUAUUCACACUCCAAUCAUUGCAAUGACCGCUCAUGCUUUAGCAAGAGAUAGAGUUAAAUGUUUAGAAGCUGGUAUGGAUGAUUAUAUCUCAAAACCAAUCAAUCCUGACCAAUUGAAAGCAAUGAUUGAAAAAUAUCUUUUCAUUUCAAAAUCUUGUAACUCUUAUGAACAAUUCCAACAACUUCAAGCUCAAAAAUCUGCAAACUAUAUAAAUAGUACCUCUUACUAUGGUCAAUUAACUCCAACUACAACUACUACAACUACAACCACUACUGCUUUACCAUCACCUCAAAAAAUUUUAUCAAUUGAAGAUGAUAAAAAUUUAAAUUCAAAUGAUAAUAAUGAAAAAGAUAAUAAUAAUCAAAAUAAUAAUAAUAAUCAAAAUGAUAAUAAUAAAAAUGAUAAUAAUCAAAAUGAUUUUGAUCAAAUUAAAACAAUUAGUAACAAUAAAGAAAGUGGUGUUGGUGAAAAUAAAAAGACAACAAGAAAUACAAGUGAUAAUGAAAGAAUUCCAAAAAAGUCAGAUAUGUUUGAUGGUGAUUUCGUGGUUCAACCUCAAUUAGUCAAUAGAUCAUCGUCAAACAAUAAAAAAUCAAAUGACAUUAAUGGUAAACCACAACAAUCACAACAACAACCACAUCAACAGGAACAACAACAAGAUAUCUAUUCUAGUAAACAUCAGCAACAAUCUAAUUCCCCUCCAUUGGCUAAUACUAAAAGAAAGGAAAAUGAUCUUUCAAAUUCUUCAAUUCCAGCUUCAAAAAAAAAUAAUACAAAACAAUAA